UUUAAGCUGAGACGCAGACGCCUGGAUCGUUAUAAAGGACGUUUUGGGGAUUAUAAAAACACACCAACACAUGUCUGCAUAGGGGAUGAUGGCGUUUUCAUGAACGGGGAGGAGAGGUGGUGGAGAGGAGGAGAGACGUGCACCGUCAUCAGCAUCUGUCUGCCAGCUCCCUUUGUGUUCACCGGAUAAUGUGAAUGGCGAAAGAUGACAUGGCAGAGGUAGAUUUGGCAUCAAACGGAGCGGAACCCCCCGGCGAGGCCUCCACGGCGUUUCCCUACGAGGAAUAUGAAUGCAAAAUCUGCUACAAUUAUUUCGACCUUGACCGUCGGGCUCCCAAGAUCCUGGAGUGCCUGCACACGUUUUGCGAGGAGUGCCUGAACACGCUGCACCUCAGGGAGGAGCGGCCAUGGCGCAUCAGCUGCCCCGUCUGUCGCCACCGGACCCCGGUGCCGGACUACCGGAUACAAAACCUGCCCAACAACACCAAGGUGACGGAGGAUUUUCCGCUCUACAUCGACUCGGACCCCCUGCCUCAGGACGCUUUGCCGCCGUACCCUCCCCCGCUGCACCCCGCGCUCAUCGCCCUCCGCCGGGAAGAAGCGUCGGGGGCGUCCACCGCCAGCCAGGCAACCCCGUCCACCACCGUAUCCACGGCCACGACCCUCUCCCAGGACUCGGUGCGCUACGACAGCUGUCAGAGCUGUAAGAGAGUGGCGCUGACCACCGGCUGCGUUUGCGUGAUCUUCUCCUUUCUGUCUAUGCUGGUGUUGCUGUUCAUGGGCCUGAUCUUUGUGCACAGUCACAGCAGUCCUCCCUCGCCGGCGGGACCCAUUUGCUUGUCGGUAGCCAGCAUCCUGGCCAUGUUCUCGGUGGUGGUCACAUGGCUGAUCUGCUGGCUCAAAUACAGACCCGACCAUGAGACAGGCCGCUCAUCCGCCACCAAUAACUCCCGGAGAAACGCCUGAUGAUGACUGAUGAUGAAGAUUACUGUUGUGCGUGGGUGUGUGAUUAUGUACAUACUACUGGCACAUGAUAAUCCUGCUCCCUUUACUUUUUUCUAGGAAUAAAUAUCGUCCAAAAAUGGCCUUUCGACCGUAUAGCAAACACCUAAAGGCCUUCAUCUUGUUUGGAGCAAUAGGCCGACAUGAUCCUUGAUAAUCUUAUAAGUUAUGCACUUAAAAUUGCAGUAGGCCUGGUUGGCAAGAUGUCUUGAUGAGCAAAGUUGUCCAAGACUUAGACCAUUUAAAAAAAAUAAAUAAAUAAAAAAAAUGCAGGGCUAAGCUAUGGUUGGUUUGAUGACUGAAUGUGAAAUCCUCAUUUCCAGGGUAGGUUAUGACCCCCCCCUCUCCCACCAUAAAGCCCAUCCCCUCCCCUAAAUAAUAUGCAUAUCCCACUAUGCCUCUCACUGUAUGAUAAUUGUCCAUGAUUCACUCUUAUAUCUCAACAAAGCACUCUUGUACAGAUAUUUCGCAAUGUUCACAUCUGAGUUUUGAGAUGAUGGAUUUUGUUUUGUUUUAUAUCGAGAUCUAUAUGGUUAUUUGAGAAGCCUCCAAAGUAUCAUUCAGUGAAAAAGAAAAUUGUAUACACAACCCAAACUGUAAAUAGUCCACAAGUAUAGUUGUUACACAUGGAGACUGGUGUCAAGCAGGAUAGGUGUUAUUAUGUGGGUUAAGGCUUCUAACCCUUGUGAUUUUCUGUCAUCAAUUGAACUUGUCUUGGAGAAUGCCACCGUUUCCACUGAUGCAGAAAUGCAAACCCCACCCAUUUCAAAACCACAGCAAAGCUCAAAGUAAUUGGAAGAGACAUGAAGUAAUUCUGACCCAUGGUCUGUUAUCUAUUUUGUGCAUGUCAGGAUACUGAUAGGUCUUGACCUGGGUAAAGAAACAUUUUUUAAAUGUUAACUUUUCCUUCUUUGUUUUCUAAAUGCAGGUUGUUGUGUGUACCUCACCUUGUUGCACUCCCAAGUUGUUGAACCAUAAGUCAGUCAAUCAACUGCUCAAUCAAUCAGUCAAUGAAAAGUUCAAUCAGACUUCAUUGUAAUUAUGAUUCUAAUCAUGUGUGGGCCUACUGUCACAGUCAGCACCCAGCUGGGAUGUCAGGGAGUAUUCCCUCUUCCUGUCACAUCAGUUACACAGCUGACAGAGAAAGGAAGUUGAAAAACAAGGUCUCCAACAUGGAGCUGCCUCCCAUCUACGCCUAUUUAAACGUGGCCUGUGAAGCAAGUGGCUUUCCACAUCAGGCUUUGAAGAAAGGUCUAGCAGAUGGAUUUGUGUGUGUGUGUGUGUGUGUGUGUGAGGGAGAGAGAGAGAGAGAGAGAGAGAGAGAGAGAGAGAGAGAGACUAAAAAGAUAGAAUCGGGAUUUAAGUCUAAUUUCAGUCACUAUCUUCACAGGUGGUGGGCUAAAGCGCAUUUCAAAGCCAGCUUUUACCUGUUUGCAAAAAAAAAAAAAAAAAAAAAAAAUCUUCAAAGCCACAUGUGAGGAUCCUUAUUUUUAUGGUUUAUGCAUAUGAACAUGUAUCCUGGUAGAUGGGACAUGGUGAACAACUUGGAGAGUAUUGAAUCAAAUGAUAUAUUUGAUUUCACUCCCGUUCCUGUGACUGUCAAAGGUUAUAGUAUAUAUUUUAAAAACUAUGACCCAUUCACAAGCCCCCCCGAAAAACCCUUAGCUGCCUGUGUGUAACUGAGAUUAUUCAGAAGCACAAGAAUAAAAACACUAGCAUGAGAUCCUAGAAAUUUGUGUUAGUGCAAUGCCUCUGCUAAGACAAUGCAAAUAUUGCACUUUACUGAACAGAAAGUAAUAGGAUUCAUUUAAACUUUGAAUUGACUUUUAGUGAUUCAAAGAAAUUUCAACUGAAUUCAAAGAAAGCAACUCCAAACAAAGUAACGGGAUGCAACAGUGAAAUGCAAGGCUAUUCUGGGCUGAUGUCUCAGUGUGAACAUAACUGUGUGCUGUGUGUAAAUUAUUUAUUUGUACAGGCCCACACUAUUUUCAAAUAUAGUAUAACAAAAAAAGAUAUCUAAUUGUUGGAGCACCUUUACAAUGUGGCCCUAUAUAUUUAUCUGAUUUCCAUUCUAAUGUGCAGUGGUCCUCUGGGCUUGUGAAUGGGAAUGUUGCAUCACUCUAUGGCUCCUUGAACCUCUUGUCACCAUUCAGCGUAAAAAAAAAAGUGUUCAAUUUGCAGAUGGCCAGGACACCGGAGUGAUUUUACCAAGCAAUCGCCCUUGCAUGUUUAUUGUAUCCCUACCUCACUGUUGGGGAAAUGGCAAAAACAAAGUCAACGAGUGAUUCUUAAAUUUCCCCCCCAAUCUAUUUCCCACUCCUGCUUCAAUCAUCCUCUUAAACAUCCCCCUCCCCCAACUUCAGAAAAUGCACUUUCACCCUCUUAUUUGACACAAGUAAUAGGGUAUCUUUGAAAAACGUAAGCUUAUUGUAUUUAUUUAAGAGGACCUAGAAAAUGUUGUUGGUUUUUAUGAGACUCUGUGGUUGUUGUUAAGGUUCCAAUUGUAUUUGCACAGAGAAAUGUUCUUUAUGUGCUGUUUUACAUACAUAAACACAUUUCAGUAAUAAAGGAAACAUAUGAAUACUUA